UGAUUUUGUAGAGCUGAACGCAAAAUCGUUUUUGUCCCUGUAAUAUUGAUAUAACAAAGAAAUCUGUAUUUAUGGUGAAGUGAGCUACAUAGCCGGGAUCCGGCAAUGAUGGAGGAAUUAUUGCAAGACAUUUUCAAGGAAGCAACAGGACCGAAAUUGUCAACUCUAAGAAAAUCAUGCCAAGAUGCCCUCGAAGUAUUAUGUAUGCAAGAGAGCAGCGUGCGUCGCUCAUCAUACGAGCUGCGACGGUCGUGCCUGCAGCCUCUACAGAUUGCUUUAGAGAGCAAACGACAACGGCUCAUCACCUUCGCAAUCCAGGGCUUCCAUAAAAUACUCAGAGAUGACAGAUUCCAUAGGGGUAUUGAGCCUGAAGAUGAUUCACUAUGGAUGCCGUCGCAACUCCUGUGCGCCACAGCUUCUGUCAUGUACCACUUACCUGACACGCAGGUCCAGAUAUUCCGCAUGUACCUCUCCCUGGCAUUGUCACCUCGUCGUACUCUCAACGGACGAUUAUGCGUAUGGGCUUGUGGCCGGUGCGGUGAAGCAGCCGGCGGGCCCGCACACGUAGCUGCAGCCGCACGAGCCGCAGCCGCACAGAUGCUUCGCGCUUACUGCGCCCAACUCGAUGAAGAAUGUCAAGAACUUCUUUCUGAAGGGUCUCCUCUCGGGAGGAAUCACAUAGUAGCAGUAGGAUGUUACAGUGAAGUCAUACCAGUAAUUCAAUACUUAUGCAGCAGGCUGUCGGAAACGCAGCUAAUACCGAAGCAGAAUCCAUUGGCGCAAUUCUUCUUGGAGUGUCUCCUGACACUUAUGUCAAGUCUAUCUGAGCGUGUUUGCGGCAAUUUACACUUCACUACUUUCCUCUGGCAGAAAUUCUGUCCAUCGCUCAUAUCCUUUCUCGGAACGCCUCGAGUUGAUAAAAAUAUUAAGUCCAGGGAACACGAGGGACACCUAGUAGACGAUUCGGGUAGAGGUUCCGGUGCUUUGAACAGCGCGCCUAGCUUCAACAGCAAGCAAGCCAAGGCUAUUUACAGUAUAGCAAACCAACUGGUCCGCCUAGUAGGCUCCACUUCAAAUCUACGGCCUGUUUUAGAAGCCUUAUACCAUAGAAUGCUUCUAUACCCACCAGUUGUUCAUCGUGUUGAACCUUUGAGAAGUGUAAGGGAAUUGUUACACAAUCCGAAACGCCUAGCUCAGCUGGUAUUAUUGAAGAAAACUGACCAUCCCGAGCGACAUAGUGAUGAUAUGGCUAUAUUACGACUAAUAAUGGAUGGAAUUGAAGAAUCGGGACGUAGCGCUAACCCUGAAGUGAUUGCAGCUUCAGUAGAAUGUGUGGUGUCUUUACUCGAUGCUCUUGAGAAGUUGUGUAACAAUUCAGAGUAUAUACCGAGUGACACAGCAGCGGUUAUGUUACAACAUUGGCCUAAAUUACACGACGCUGAUUAUACUGGACCACUGACUUAUCAAACAUUAGCUAGAUUACCAAGUCCAUAUAGAGACGUAGUAGCAGUAUUACAAAGCAAUGAAGAAAAGGACGAUUCAUCAGAUACAUCAGGUCCUGAAAAUUUAAGCUCUGACGGCGAAGCAGACUCUGAUGCCGACAAUGUAUUUCUUCCUUCCCGAGCUUCUAAUCCUACACCCAAUGAUACUGAGAAACAGACUAGUAAUAAUGUCAAAACUAUACCGAAAACACUGAAUUUGGGAAGAUGUACUAUAACAGAAUGCAAUGUUGAUUUGGAAAGACACAACGCGAGACAGUUCAUCAAAACUUUGCAGAACUCUUUGCUUCCUAAAUUGCUACACCUUCGAACUUGUAUUGAGGUUGAUGAGGCGAUGCAGGAAUUUGCGUCAAAGUGCUGCCAACACAAUGCCAUGGCCCCACCAGCCACUGCAUGUAUCAUGAACGCAGACGGCGUGUACCUCGCCACGUACGCAGCUCUACUACUCAAUCUGCGUCAGCGUCGCGCUGCAUCUUGUUCACCCGCGCCCGUACCACAUACUACAUCUGCAUCUACCGCUCACUCUGCUAAAGUACCAAUUGUCUUAACAGAGGAUGAUUUCGUUGAAGAAGUGCAGGGAAGUGGUGUUCUUGUCUAUCUGUCCGCUACGUGGCUCCGAGAGUUAUACCAGCAAGUACUCUCAAAUGAUCUAUUAAAAGACGUUCCAACAACAGAUCAUCCCCUCAUUCAUUUACUAUCGGACCUUGGGGGUCUGGAUCCGAGUCCAGUAAUGUCAGACUGGCAGAGAUUAAAAGAAGUAUCGAUGUUGUACAACAAUACAAACGACUCACCAGAACAUCAAGCCAGCUUCCGGUGGGCUAGAAGGAUACUGACAUGUAUCUGGGACUCAAUGGUGACAGUCCUAAGUGUCCCUCUGACUGAAUACAGAAAUAAGAAACAGAAACUACACGGGAUGUUAACGAAGAAGAUUAACACCUUCGGCAAGAGAAAGAGGAUAGCAUGGGAAGGACUGACUAUACAGUGUUUAGAGGGCUUACAUAAGGCGGCACGAGUCAGCAACACAUUGAGCCUGCAAAAUCGUUGCAGCAGUAUUCUAGCACUUUUGGCCAACUCUGCAAUAUCGCAACCACCUAACGGAAAAAUCUUAGCCACGCAUGCGCUUUCAUUAGACAUAUUAAUUACAGGCGGCCUGGAGCUGGGCUCGAAGGCGCCGGAGUGCUGGGAGCACAUAUUCGCGGCGUGCGAGUACGUGGCGAGCCUGGAGCACGCUCUGUUCGGGCAGCACGCGCACCCGCCCGCCGCGCUGCUGGCGCUGCACACCGCGCGCGACCGCACCGUCUCCGUGCUGCAGCCCGACCCCGCGCAGCGCCCCAGGGACGACGAGACCUGUGUGGACGUAUUCAACUUCCUGCAGCCGGUGCUGGAAAAUAAUCUCAAUAAUGACAUGUCUGUGCCCAAAAUUGUCGAAGCUUGUCGACAGGAGGGCGGGAAUGUGGUGAGUGGCGCGGGCGCAGCACGCGUGUGUUGUGCGCUGGCGGCGGCGGCGGACGCGCUGUUCUCGCGGCUCGCAGCCACCACCACGCUGCCAACGCUGCGCGCCGCGCUGCAGCGGCUGGUCGCGCACCAGCACCGUCUCCUGUUUACAUCGUGGGAUCAAGACGCGGCGAACAACAACUGGUGGUGGUGGCGGCGCGCAGGCGGCGGCGGCGGGUCGGCGGCGCGCGCGCUGUGCCGCGGCGGGGACGUGGCGCUGCGCUGCCUGCGCGCCGCGCGCCCGCUCGCGCACCGCAUGGCCAUCUGGACCGUGCUCGGGCCGCACCUCAUGCAGGCUGCAUGCCACAAGGACAUCCAAAUUUCAAGUCUAGCGAUUCAAUGUCUACACGAUUGCGCGACAGCGUUGUUCAAUCAACAAGUUGAACUCCCUCACUUCCACUUCAAUGAGGCUCUACUUAAACCAUUUGAGAAUCUUUUAUGUUUAGAACUCUGUGAUGACGACAUUCAGGAACAAAUUAUAUCGUGUAUCUGCGAGUUUGUUGAAACAAAUAGAAUGGAAAUUAGAUCCGGUUGGCGACCUCUUUUUAAUACACUACGAGCCGCUAACAAUUCAAAUCAGUACUCGGCAAUACUAGAAAUAUUCAAAGUAUUUCUUAGCACCGAUAAUACUUUAGUGUUUGCAAAUGCUGCACUUGAUUGCAUUUUGUGCCUCCUUAGCCACAUAAAAGGUCUUCAUUUUGAGGAAGUUCAAGCAACUGAAGUAAAACCAAAGAAAGUCAAUUCACCACAAACAAAACCUAGUCUCAGCCUUAAAUUUUCCAAAAACAGCAAAUUCAUACCACUCAGUGAAGAGAAAUCAGAAAAAGUUAUAGUAGAUAUGUGUAAAGAAGCCUUAUAUCAUUUGGAAAGUUGUGCAGAUAUUUUGACAAUGAUGUACAAUAUGCCAAAAUGUCCUAUAUUUAAUACAGGUAACAGAAUUAAAGGCGACUUACCACCGGCCGUAGUUGACCCAAUAAUACCAAAUCUAUCAUUAGACAUUACUAGAUAUAUUAUAAACGAAAAUUGUGAAGAGGAACUGUUCUCCUAUAGAAAGUUAUCAACAUGUUUACCAUAUUCAAAUACUACAAAUAACUGCUUAUUGAAACUGGAUAGACCAAAUAAUAUAUUGAAAGUUUGGUACGUUUUAAUUGAAGGACUAAUUUCGGCAACAGUAGUCUGUUCUAAGAAAAAUCAACCGGCAGCUAUGGAAACCUUAUUCAAACUGCUAAGAAAUACUAUUGAAAUACCAGGAACACAUUUUGGACUGCACUGUAUUAAUCACCUCCUGUUACCGACAGUGCAAAACUGGCUCCGGCAAAUAGCUAAUGUUAACACACAUUGGGAUAGCGUUAUGCCAAAUUUCAAACAAUGUUGUGGCAUGACAACAGACACUAUUGUAAUAUAUCUACAUCAUUUGCAACAAAUAAACAUUGAGAGGUCUGAAAAUGAAGACGGUAGUAAUAACACGGAAAUAGAACCCAUUGAAAAUCCUGAGGCAACAUUCGCAUUAAAGCAAAUCAUGGUAGUAUUAGUAGAAUGUAUAGCUCAGCCACAAGAACCAAUAGCUAGAUUGGGAGCAUCGUGUAUACGUCACAUAAUACUAACAUCAGGCCAUUUGUUAACUGAUAAACAAUGGGAAAUCGUUUGUGUAAGCCUGCAUAGAGCCUGUAACGUUAGCUUGACCCCACUGAACCAGCUCACUUAUGCUUUCAAAGAAAAUUCAAACAGCUUUUAUGGAGAUCUAGCUAUAGUCAAAGUUGCAGCGAGACGCGAUUGUUCCGUAAAUGAUAACGUACGACUUCAUGCAAUGGCUCAACAAGUUUUCUAUACGGAACAAAUCAAAAGUGAUACGCACUCGAAAUUAACAUCAAAGAAUUCUUCCCAUAUGCUAAUAGAUGACAGAAGCUACAUCUUCCUCAUAUAUUUACAAGAAACCAUUAACUCAUUGAAUCCAGAUUUGUAUACGGUCAGAAUUCCACAUAGAGGGUUAGUCGUUGGGCUUUUAGCGCAUCAGAUAUUAGUUCAAAUAAUUGCUACAGUAUUAAUACAAGCCUCGUCGGACGUUUUUCAAGGAAUAAAUAGUAUUCUUUUGGAAAGUCUUAAAACUGGCAGCAAUGUUUGUAAUUACAAAUUCUUCUUAAAUAGUGAAAAUACUGACAUGUUACUUAAAAGCUUGGAACUAUCUUAUACAAGAGCGAUGCAGUUUGAUUUCAGGCCAGGAUUAAAAUUUUUGGUGCAGAAAGUAUCUAAUUUGGAUCACGCUGCUAAUUUAUAUAAACAAACGACUUCAUCAUGGUUGAUCAAAAUUAUUGCCCUAACAGAUUUGUUUUUCAGCGGCGUCUACCGAUUUAAAUUAAAAUCAACAGACAUUUCUAUAAUUCUUCAAAAUUAUACGACUACACUGAAUCUAACACUGGAGUAUGAUCGUUUUGUAACAAAAAUAUUUGAAUUAAAGUCUACGUGGGAACUGUUAUGUAAUAGUUAUACGAAGCAUUUAAUUAACUUGUCUGAUUUUGAUAACACUGAUCAUAUAAAAGAACGAAUGUCAUACAGCUCAGCUGAUACAGACUCUUCAUCUAAUCAUUAUGAACAAUAUUAUGCACAAGAUACUGCACCAAAUCAGGAUGUACCUAAAGUGCUAGAAUCUCCGACAAAAAGAGGAUCUAUUGAGGAUGAUAACGCCAAUAAUGAACCUAGACCGUUCACUUUUGCCGACUUUAAGAAAAACAGUCAGUCUUCUAUUGAAGUGGACCAUAUUGAAAAUGAUCAAUUAAUGUCAAAUAAUAAUUCAGAAACAAAUGCAGAUUCCUCUGAUUCAAAACGUGAUAUUACUCCAGAAAAUAUCGUCAAUAAUAAUGACUCUAAUAACGAUAACAAUGAUGUAAAUAAAAACAAUUUUAUUCAGAAAGAACGAAGUGUUGUGGAAGAGAAAAAAGGUAGCGUGACUGAUAGCGUUGAUUUAAAAAUGGCUGCACGAAAAGUAAAUAUAACAAUAUGUGACAGCUCAUCUUAUGAAAAAAACAAAAAUCUUGAGACUCUUAUUCCACCACAACCAGUUCCACCAGAGAUUGAGCAACAAAGAACACUUAGUAUAAAUAAGGAUACGGACGUGCGACGACAUUGUUUCCAGAACAUUUUGAUGGCAUAUCUAGAACUUGUUCUUACAUUCCCGCUGGAGAGGUUCCAACUCAUAAGUCCAGUAUUGCAAAGUGGAUUCCUACAGCUUGCCAACACAGUUACGGACCCACUACUUCUGGACAGGAUUAAUAUAUUUUUCGAUAGGAGAGACUUAAGCGAAUUUAACUAUAACUGAUCAAUUAAUUGUGAUAAUAUAAAUUUUCAUGAUUAUAUUAUAUUCCACUAUUAUUCAGUGUUA